AUGCCCAAUAAUCUCAGACUUACUGUUCAGAACAUCUUGGAGGAUCAUUUGAGCUCACUUGUCGGGUAUUUCCAUAUUGGGCAUUGGGCAAGUGUAUUGCCUCAUAUGGAAGGCGUUCGAGUGCAGAAGCCUGGGAAAACUGUAGGAGGAGCUCACGGAACACAGACGCCUCUUGAACUCGAGCAGUCGCCUCCCACCUUGCCCUCUUCUCCUUCUGAGACGCCCGGCAAGAACGAAGCCAACGACAAUCUUAGUAAAUACAUAGAAGAGGUUAGGAUGGAAACUGACCUUGUUCUCGACUUGGGGGCAAAGAAGGUCAAAGAUGAUCCCAAACAGGCUCGCUGA